AUGAAUAUUUUAAACCAACUGACUUUGAAAGCAAAUUCAUUGUUAUCACCACAUGGCAUUAUACCAAGCGACAGAAAAUCCUUGGAUGCUUUAGUUUCUAUAUUCGAAAAAAUCAAAUGCAGUGAUUUAUUCAUUGACAAAAAUCAACCGUUAACAACUCAUUAUGCUCAAUUAGGAGACAAGUUCAAAAGCAAAAUUAUAUUUUAUUACCCACUAUUAGAGAAUGAAAAAUUUACAUUGGCAAUAUUUGCAUUCCCACCACAUACAAAAAUACCAAUACAUGACCAUCCACAGAUGACAGUAUUGAGUAAAGUAUUAUAUGGUAAAGUUAAUUGUAAAUCAUUUGAUUGGAUAAGGAAAUCAAAUAACGAAAUUAUUACAAACAAUAUAAAAAAUGGUAAAGCUAGAUAUAUAGGUGAAAGAGAUAUUACAGAAAAUGAUAAUGUUAAAAUAACAUUACCAGAUGAAGAAAACAUACAUACCUUUGAAACAUCAGAGGAUCAUAGUGCAGUUUUAGAUUUAUUGUACCCACCUUAUGAACAAUAUAAAAGGGAUUGCACAUAUUAUAGACCAACAUCACCCACAUUAGACUUUAAAAACAAUGAAAUUAUAGAUUUUGAAUCAUAUUCACCAGAUUUUGACUGUCGUAGCUUUUUAAAUCAUAGAGGUUUAAUGGAAAUUCAUAGAGAAUUAACAUUAUUCGAUAAUAAUCAUAAAUAA